AUAAUUUCAAAAGAGAAUAUUGGUCAGUUCUUAUAUACACGAUAGAACAUGCAACCAAUGCGAUGUGUUCCCACCAUAAUUAAAUCGAUAUUUACUCGAUUAUUCGCGAGCUAUCAACCUUCGGCGAGUGAAGUUUCUUUCUUAAACGAAUCACUUUAAUUGACACUUGAAAUACUACAUUUGAAAGGAAUAAUACACUGAAAUGAGAAAAGUAAAGGGAAUUAUUUCAUUAUUGCUGAUAUUUUUUGUUAAUAUUGUACGUAGUGAUGUGUUUUAUAAUCUUCUGAAUCGAGAGGAUCCGUGCAUUAAUCUAUGUGAAAAAACACCGUUGUCUUUUGCAAAUAAUAAAUAUGUCAAAUCAUGUUGUCAACGAGGUUGUAGGUUCUUCAAUUUAGUGGACUUACAUUAUGGAUUAGAAUCAAACAGUUUAAAUGGUACAAGAGAUGCCUGCGAAGCUUCAUGUACAGAAGCAUAUACAGCACCACAGGAUCGUUCUGCAUGUAGUACUGGUUGUGAUUUUAUGGCUAAACAACGUACUUCAGAUUUAUUAUCAUUAUUUUCUGUUGCAAUCUAUGUGGAAGAAGGAGUUAAUUCCAAUAUAGUUCUAAUGUCACCUGAUAUACCUGAAAAUGAUAUUUUAUCUGAUCCAGGAUUACGAAAGGAACUUCUUCCUGGUUGGUGGGAUUCAAAUGGAUUUAAGUUACCACAGACAUAUAUUAAAACUGUCCCAUUAGAUGCUGGGACUGUGGAUUAUGGCAUACCAUCAGACUACUUUCGAGAAAGUGACCAAUCAGCUUCAAUACCUGGAUCUGAUUGGCUUCAGUGUGCUUCAAAACAUAUUGGACUACCUCAUUGGCUUCUGGCUUCUGCUAUCGCAGCAGCAGCACUAUCUGCAUUUUGGUUGUGUUUAUAUCCAGAAAAAUCUGCAGAUCCUUAUAGAGAAAUACUUAUCGAGAAAUCUGAUAUUUCUCCAACAUUUGCAUUGUACAUACCAGAAGCACCAUUGCAUAAAAAACCUCCUCCUAAAUAUACGGAAAGUGUUGAUGCAACAGAAAGUAACAUGAAAGUUUAGCUAAGAAUUUUAGUGGUACAAUUUUAAAGUGGUUUUCAAAGAUGUUUAAACAUAUUAAUACAAUUUUGAAUAAAGGAUGUUUGUAUUAAAUAUAGUAGAGCUUUAUAAGCAUUAAAAUGAUUAAAAGUAACUGC